AUGGGCGGGAGAACCCCUCUUGUUGUCCUCACCUUUUCUCUUGCUGUUCUGAGCAUUGAGCUUGGGAUUUCUCAUGGCUGCCGAGAGACGGAGAGGAAAGCCCUCAUCGACUUCAAGCGUGGACUUCAUGAUCCUUCCAAUCGUAUCUCUUCCUGGGUCGGCGAGGACUGUUGUGCGUGGGAAGGAGUUGGCUGCAGCAACAUAUCUGGUCAUGUUAUCAAGCUGGAUCUUCGAAAUAAACGUCGGACCGAUCUAACUAAGGACUGCACUCAUCAGGAGGUGUACUACUUGUUGGAUUAUUAUCUAAGAUCCGAAUUGUUGGAUGAUGAUCCAGGAUGCAAAUGGGCAGUGCGUGGUGACAUAACUCCAUCACUGCGUUCUCUCCAACAACUUAGUCACCUGGACCUCAGCGGCAACUAUUUUACGCAUAAACCUAUCCCCAAGUUCUUGGGAGCUUUCAGAAGACUAACAUAUCUUAACCUCUCAGGUGCAGGCUUCGUGGGCAGAGUACCUGACCAGCUCGGAAAUCUAUCCACUUUGCAGCACCUCGACCUUUCUUAUAACUGCUAUUGGGUUGAUGAAGGUGAUGGCUUCUUCUGCUUGUACCUUGAGAACACGAGAUGGAUCUCUAUGCUCACUUCCCUUCGGCACCUUAACAUGAAUUGGGUCAAUUUGACAAAUGCAUCCAACUGGUUGCAAGAUUUGAACGUGCUACCACGUGUUCAAGAGAUUGAAUUAAGUUCUUGUGACUUAGGGACCUUUCCUCGUUCGUUGUCUCAUAAAAACUUCACAUUUCUCAUCACUCUUGAUUUACGAGGUAAUGAUAUAAACUCCACCAUACCAGAUUGGGUGUUCAAUAUUACUAGCCUCGAGUUCCUUUAUCUUGGUGGGAAUGACCUGCAUGGAUUCUUUCCUGAUUCUGUUACAAAGUUAACGUCUCUCAGGGCACUCGACUUGUCUGGGAGUGUGUUCCAAGAUGGCUUCAUGCAGCUAGCUCCUAUAUCCAAUCUCUGCAAGCUCCAAAUUCUCUACCUGAGCCAAGUGCCUAUCAAUGAUGUGCUUGCCAAUUUAAAAAUGGUUUUCUCUGGAUGUCUUAGGAAUAGCAUGGAGGAAUUGUACCUCGGAGGCACCCAACUGAGUGGUUUCUUUCCGGAUUGGCUAGGGAACAUCAAGAAACUUAAAUCUCUUGAUCUUUCUAUCAACUCCCUCUGUGGAUCAGUGCCUGCAUCUAUCGGAAAUCUAUCAUUGCUGCAACAUUUGGAUUUAGAUUCCAAUGAUUUGAAUGGGACGAUUUCGGAAGGCAUCGGACAACUGAAGAGCCUUAUCUAUUUGGAUCUCAGUCGUAACUCGUUGAGCUUAUCGGAGGUCCAAUUGGGUAAUCUAUCAAGUUUAAGGUAUUUGGACAUUUCGAACAACUACGACUCGAGAAAAAGUGGUGAUUGGAUCGUGCCCUUUUCAGUUUCAAGAGUAGGAGUAAUAGACAUGAUUCUCGAUGGGCUUCCUUCUAGUCUCGAGCAUUUGGAUCUUUCUUACAACUCUCUCAAUGGAUCAUUGCCCGCAUCUCUUGGAAACCUCUCUAUGCUACGAUAUUUGAUUUUACGUUCCAAUUAUCUGACUGGGAUGCUUCCGGAAGGCAUCAAAUGGUUGAAGGGCCUUACAGAUUUGGAUCUCUACAAUAACUCGUUGAGCUUAUCGGAGGUCCAAUUGGCUAAUCUAUCAAGUUUGAAAUAUUUGGACAUUUCAUACAACUCUAUAGACUUGAACAAAAGCGAUGACUGGAUCCCUCCCUUUCAGCUUCAGAGCCUUUCCAUGGAUUUCUGCCAAAUAGGGCCCACGCCCCAAUUUCCACAAUGGCUCCGAACACAAACCAUUAUUCGUCGACUACAAUUGUCAAGUACAGGUAUCAAAGACAUGUUUUUCGAUAGGCUUCCUUCUAGUCUUGAGUAUUUGGAUAUUUCUUAUAACUCUCUCCAUGGAUCAUUGCCCGCAUCUCUUGGAAACCUCUCUAUGCUACAAUCUUUGAUUUUACGUUCCAAUUAUCUGAAUGGGACGUUUCCGGAAGGCAUCAAACGGUUGAAGGGCCUCGUCGAAUUGGAUCUCUACAAUAACUCGUUGAGCUUAUCGGAGGACGACCUUGCUAAUCUAUCAAGUUUGAAAUAUUUGGACAUUUCAUACAACUCUAUACACUUGAACAAAAGCGAUGACUGGAUCCCUCCCUUUCAGCUUCAGAGCCUUUCCAUGGAUUUCUGCCAAAUACUGCCCAUUCCCCAUUUUCCGAAAUGGCUCCGAACACAAACCAUUCUUCGUCAACUACAAUUGUCAAGUGCAGGUAUCAAAGACAUGUUUUUCGAAAGGCUUCCUUCUAGUCUUGAGUAUUUGGAUCUUUCUUACAACUCUCUCCAUGGAUCAUUGCCCGCAUCUCUUGGAAACCUCUCUAUGCUACAAUCUUUGAUUUUAUAUUCCAAUUAUCUUAAUGGGAUGUUUCCGGAAGGCAUCAAACGGUUGAAGAAUCUCGUCCAUUUGGAUCUCUACAAUAACUCUUUGAGCUUAUCGGAGGACAAUCUUGCUGAUCUAUCAAGUUUAGAAUAUUUGGACAUUUCAUAUAACUCUAUACACUUGAACAAAAGUGAUGACUGGAUCCCUUCCUUUCAGCUUAACACACUUUAUAUGCCAUUCUGCCAAAUUCUACCUACACCCCAUUUUCCAAAAUGGCUUCGAACACAAAUAACUCUCGGUGAAUUAGAUUUAUCAAAUACAGGUAUGAAAGAAAUGAUUCCCAACUGGCUUCCAUCCUGUCUCGAGUAUUUGGAUCUCUCCAAUAAUAUGAUUGGUGGUGAUGUACCAUAUUAUUUUUCAAAUCUAACUGUUUUGGAUCUCAGCAAUAACUCGUUAUCAGGAUAUCUUCCUCCAAAAAUAUCAAUCAUGAUGCCAAGUAUGGAAUAUUUGUCUCUCUCCGAUAAUAAGAUUAUGGGUGGCAUCCCCUUCUCUUUUUGUCGAAUCAAGUCUUUGGUAGUGCUUCGACUUUCUAAAAAUAAUUUGUCAGGGGAGCUUCCUAAUUGCUGGAAAAAUUCUUCAAAUUUAGUUAUCUUAGACUUAUCAAGCAACAAAUUACAAGGAGGACUUCCUGACUCCCUCAGCAAUUUACAAACUCUACAGUCACUACAUCUGAGCUACAAUAAUUUUAUGGGACAAAUCCCUCUUUCUUUCAGAAAUUUUACCGGAUUGGUUACUCUUGAUCUGGCUCACAACAAAUUCGUCGGCAAUAUACCAAAUUGGAUUGGAGAAAGCCUACCAUACUUAAGGACUUUCAACUUACGCUCGAAUGCCUUUACUGGCAGCAUUCCUCGGUUAUCUCAUCUUACAUCUCUUCAGAUAGUGGAUCUCUCGAAUAAUCAUCUUUCGGGAAUAAUACCAAACAGCUUUGGCAAUUUUAGUGCGUUGAAAGGCUCUCCUUCAAAGGAUUUGUACUUUCAUAAUAUUUACUAUGAGGAUUACAUGUGGCUCUUCACAAAAGGAAGUGAACACGAAUACAACACCAUGCUACUUUCAAUCGACACAGUCAUUCAUCUCUCCAACAAUGGUUUAUCCGGUUGCAUCCCUAGAGAGUUGGGAAAUUUGCAUGGUCUGCGGAGCUUAAAUCUAUCUGGGAAUUACCUAACAGGGGAGAUACCAAGCAACAUUGAUGGAAUGCAACUACUAGAAAUUCUCGACCUCUCAAGAGACAAUCUCUCGGGUAUAAUUCCUUCGACCUUGGCAGAUUUAAAUUUCUUGAAUGAUUUGAACUUGUCAUAUAAUAAUCUCUCGGGUAAAAUCCCCACCGGAAGCCAAUUGCAAACUUUAACCGAUCCAUCUAUCUAUGCUGGCAACCCAAAUCUUUGUGGCCUUCCUCUCCCUAAAAAUUGUACAGUGAAUAUAACGAAGACUGAUGGAGAAGGGCAAAAUGAAGAUUCUUCUGAGAGCAGAAUGGAAACACUUUGGUUAUACACAAGCAUCACCCUAGGAUUUAUUACCGGAUUUUGGGUGAUUUGUGGAAGCCUUUUAUUGCGACGGACAUGGAGGAUCACGUACUUCCGUGCCACUGAUAAUAUGUUUGACAAGCUAUACGUGGUGAUGGUAGUGACCGUGGCAAAAUACAAAAGAAAGCUAUGA